AUGACUUCUUACUUCGUUAAUUCUUUGAUUUCUAAAUACCAACCGGGAGAUGCUUGGUUUCCGAGUGGUUUCGAGCCAGUUCCACCAUGCAAAGUUAAAAAUAGCUCCGCCUGUUUAAAGAAUUCCCCGUGCUCGUUCACAACGUAUGGGGCUGUACAACUCUACCAACCGACCACGACCGCGAGCAGCUACCAACAGCAUGGGUAUGUACAGGCAUGUAACUACUCGCACAUGGGCUAUGGUGACGUCACAAACUACCCUACUAUCUGUACCACCGUGUCGGGGAACACCUGGGACGGUAGGGGCUACGAUGUACGCCCAGAACAUUAUCAUGCUACGGCAGCCAGCAUAGCAACGGGGCAUCAUUUUAGGAAAGUGUGUCUACCGCCCUCAAUGGAUUCUCCAAUCAGUUCGCCACAGAGUGUGAAAAUGCCGGUGUACAGUUGGAUGAAAGUCCCAGGUACCCAGAUUGUCGGCACAGACCGACGCCGCGGGAGACAGACAUAUACGCGCUACCAGACUCUGGAACUCGAGAAAGAAUUCCACUACAACCAGUACCUGACGCGUAAACGGCGCAUCGAGAUCGCACAAAUGGUAAACUUGACGGAGCGGCAGAUUAAAAUAUGGUUCCAAAAUCGACGGAUGAAAAUGAAAAAGGAAGGAAAAAAAGGUGCGAAUGAGAAGUCAUCUGACGACGAUGAAACUUACAGAAAAAUGGACGGGGACGAUAAAAGUGAUAGCGAUGCUAGUGAUGUUUAG